AUGAUCCGUGUGAAGUAUACACAUCUAUCUAUCUAUCUAUCUAUCUAUCUAUCUAUCUUUUUGAGUUUGUUACGAUCUAUCUAUCAUUUUGAUUUUGCUACGAUCUAUCUAUCUAUCUAUCUAUCUAUCAUUUUGAUUUGUUACGAUCUAUCUAUCUAUCAUUUUGAUUUUGCUACGAUCUAUCUAUCUAUCUAUCUAUCUAUCUAUCUAUCUAUCAUUUUGAGUUUGUUACGAUCUAUCUAUCUAUCUAUCAUUUUGAUUUUGCUACGAUCUAUCUAUCUAUCUAUCUAUCAUUUUGAUUUUGCUACGAUCUAUCUAUCUAUCUAUCUAUCUAUCUAUCUAUCUAUCUAUCUAUCUAUCUAUCAUUUUGAGUUUGUUACGAUCUAUCUAUCUAUCUAUCAUUUUGAUUUUGCUACGAUCUAUCUAUCUAUCUAUCUAUCUAUCUAUCUAUCUAUCUAUCUAUCAUUUUGA